AUCCUAUACAGCCAUCUUAAUGGUGAUUUUAUACUAUCUUCUAACUCCGCUCACUUGUUUGAAAAAAAUCUUUUAUCUUCAGUAGAAAUGGACAAAUACACAGCAUGUGUAUGGCCACGUCUGGAGCCCUUCCUGAUCGGGGUGCUUCCCGCCACACCCCCAAGCAAAUUCAGCAUGCAUUAUCUGCGCAAGAUGGCCUGUUAUGUCCGGACCCGGGAUGGUUGCUUCCCCAGGCUUGGCUGGCACAUGUGGCGACACAUCGCUUGUGGCAAACUGCAGCUGGCAGAGGAGCUUGCCUGGCUGUAUUUUGAAACUUUUGAUCUGUUGAUGCCUCGUUCUGCAGAGCAGAGAUUAGAGUGGGCAGAAUCUCUAUCUCAGUGCCACACUCCUAAGGAACUUGACAGGCAGCGCUGUAAGCUGUCAGUGGACACUCUGCAGUUUCUACUCUUCUUGUAUCUACAGCAACUAAACCGAAUCUCUCUUCGCACUUCACUGAUUGGGGAAGAGUGGCCAAGUCCCAGAUCACGAUCUCUCUCUUCUUCCUCUGAGAGAGACAACAAAAUAAGCUCCCAAAAUAAGAACUGGGACGACCAGGCUCAUCUUACUUUCAUCCAGACACACCUGGCUGAGCUUUUGGAGCUGCUAGUGGAGCCAGACCAGCUGAGCAAUUCAGGGCAGCUUCUGCGUGACAGCCAGCUCACUUCAGAGGCUCUUGAAAGCCUCAGUUUGUUGCUGGAAGGAUCUGUGAACCUUAGCCGUACCGUGUACCCAAUCCACAAGCUCCUCAGCCACAUGCCACUGCAGUCUCAGGCAGGAUUCUCCAAACUCAGCCACUCCUGCUCUCUGCAGCAGUUCCAGGGGUUUCUGCAUCAGGCCCUUUGCCUCAACCCCUUCGGCGUCUCUACCUGCUCACAAUCUGGAAAGAAACUGGCAUGGGCCCUGCAAGGGUUCAGAGACAGCAGUUUCAGGCCUUAGUGGAGCAGAAGUUUCAUGAGUGGUUGCUUGAGACAGGACAAAGACAAGAGCUUGACAGUCUCCACCGUCCUGUCCUCACCUGCUCCACCUCUGUAGACCACUGGCCUGCCAUCCACACCUCCAACUCUGGACCGAAUGUACUCCAAGAUCAACCACCAGAACCAGCAAUGGGACGGGCACCAACUGUUUGCUAACAGAACAGCUAAACAACCAAAAGCUGCUUUUGCCCUCUUCCCACCCCAAAAAAAAACAAAACAUUAGUGUUCCUCUGGUAUGAAGACUGUCAGUGCUGUAUCGGGUUUUGACAGGGAGUUUGUGUCCUGUCACAUUAUGGACAUGUAGGGAAAUCUAUGCUGGAUUAGUUUGUAGAGAUGCAGGGUUAUUGCUGCAGGUGUCUUGAUAGUUUUAGCAUUAUGCUACUUUCUGUUAUAAGACAUCAGUGAUUCCAGAGGUUGAUGUGCAAGAGAAUAUCACCAUUAGAGAGUCAUUAUUUAAUUGCUGCCUUCACAUGAAUUUAGAGGAAACGAGGAUGAGAAAUGUGCAGGCGUGUACUGUAAUUAUUGACAAAUAUGUCUCAGGCUCAAUUGGUACGUUGCAUAACACAUAUGUUCACUAAAGAGUUUGCAGCUAUUGCCUCCUUGCCUCUCAUGGGCCAGUAUAAAUGUUUAUAUUUCUCCUUUGCUGUAUGUUUGUUCACAAUGCCUUGCACUGUAUUUGCACUAUUACUGUAUCUGCACAAUUCUGAUUCCAACAUCGCUGUCAUUUAAAAAGUCUCUUAAAUGUAUUCAUUCCUUAAGUGAACAUUUAAAAUAUGUUUGAAUCAGUAUUUUAUAGUUUAGUGUACAUAUUCUAUAGGUAG